AUGGAGAAGAUCACAGAGAAGAUCGCGGCUCUGCCGCCCGACGCGAAUUACUUCUCGCUGGAGUUUUUCCCUCCCAAGACCCGGAUGGGCUUUGCAAACCUGUCUGCGCGUCUGGAGCGGAUGGCUCAGGCCCUGCGCCCCUUGUUCGUAACGGUGACUUGGGGUGCAGGCGGAAGCACCGCGGCCCGUUCCCUCGAGCUGGCAGAGGUCUGCCAGCGCCAGUUGCAGUUGACGACCGUGUUGCAUCUGACAUGCACCAACAUGAGCCGCGCAUUGGUGGAUAUGGCCCUGGAGGAGGCGAAGGUAUUGGGCAUCCGCAACAUCCUGGCUCUUCGUGGAGAUCCACCCCGCAGCGAGGAAUAUAAUAUGCAUGGCGAAGAUGACAGCAACAAGGACUUCACUUUUGCCGUGGAUCUGGUCCGAUACAUCCGCAAGCAACACGGUGAUUACUUCUGUAUUGGUGUCGCCGCAUAUCCGGAGGGCCACCCGGCCGAUUCCUUCCAGGAUGUCCAGGAUCCCGCCCGUGACCUCCCCUAUCUGGUUGAGAAGACCGUUGCGGGGGCGGACUUCAUCAUGACCCAGCUCACAUACGAUCUGGAAGCCUACACUAAAUUCGAAACCAUGCUUCGGAAUCACGAGUCUGGAGCCUUCAAGACCAUUCCCAUCAUCCCAGGCCUGAUGCCCAUCCACAGCUACAAGAUUCUCACCCGCGUGACAAAGCUCAGCCAUGUGAAGAUCCCAGAGCCGAUUGCCAAGAAGAUGGAGGAAUUGAAGCAUGACGAUGACGCUGUGAAGCGUGCUGGUGUGGACAUCGUCAGCGAAAUCGCCGGAGGCAUUAAGGAGCUGAAGUGCCCGGGUCCUCGUGGUUUCCAUUUCUAUACCUUGAACUUAGAAAAGACAGUCUCGUUCAUCCUCGAGAGAUGUGACCUCAUCCCUCCUUCCACGGACAUUCAGGAUGAUUCGGCUAUUGAUGACUUUGAUGGCCCCGUCCCCAUUGGCGUUCGAUCAUUGGCAAGGCGCCGCGCCUCCUCGAUCAACUCGCAGCCGCACAACCGCGUAAUUGUGGACAAGCUCUCCGCCAAAGAAUCAUCGCAGGACUCUGUCCAUGAAGCACUCGCCAACAGUGUUGGUUUACCUGCCAUGACGCCAAACCGUGGCACCACCCUCCAGAUUUCUGAGGGUCUCGGGUCUCUUGGCAGAGAGGCGACAUGGGAUGACUUUCCCAACGGCCGUUGGGGUGAUGCUCGCUCCCCAGCAUUCGGCGAGAUUGAUGGAUAUGGCCCGUCUCUCCACGUCACAUCUGCUGUUGCCCGUCGUCUGUGGGGCCACCCUGUCGAGCAGUCUGACAUUAACACUCUCUUCCGCCGACUUGUUACCGGAGAUCUGUAUAUGGUCCCCUGGUCCGAAGGUGGUGCCGAGGAAGGCACCGCUGGCUUGAACGCAGAGACAGAUCUUAUUCGCCCUGAAUUGCUCAAGCUCAUCGACGGCCGCGGCUGGUGGACCCUGGCCUCUCAGCCCGCAGUCAACGGUGUCCGUAGCGAUGACCCAAUCUUUGGCUGGGGCCCGCAGCGGGAAGGCUUUGUCUUCCAAAAGCCCUUCGUGGAGUUUUUCUGCUCCAACAAAGACUACACAACAAUCCUGAAGCCUUUGUUUGAGAAGCACGGCCAUGACAAGCUAACAUGGUUCGCCACUAACAUCACCGGCGCCUUCGAGUCUUCGCUCCCUGCACAGCCCGCAGACGUUGACCUCGAUGACCUCAGCUCCAACCCCGAGAGCGUCAACGCUGUGACCUGGGGUGUCUUCCGUGGCAAGGAAAUCGUGACACCCACCAUCAUCGAAGAAGUUAGCUUCCGCGCCUGGGGCGAGGAGGCCUUCCGUAUCUGGGACGAAUGGCGCCGCAUCUACCCCCGUGGCUCGCCCACAGAGCGCUUCCUCGACUCUACCAAGAAUGACGCCUGGCUAGUCUGUGUUGUGGGUCAGCAAUUCGGCGCAGGCACCCCGCGGGGUAGCAAGGAGGAAGAAGACGAGGUCAAAUGGAUGUGGCGAGUGCUAGCGGGUGAGAUUGAGUAG